UUAUUUUUGUUAGCAUUUUUUUUCGCAUUUUUGGAAAAUAAUGUAAUAAAUGUCCACACCCCAACACUAUACACCCCUCUUCACUCCAUCCCUCCUUUGUGAUUGAAAAUGAGAGUCCCUUCACCUUUAAAAAGAAAAUAGAUGAGCGGUCUGCACCCGCAAGGCGGUGCUCUUGUUUGAUUUGUUUUCAUUUUGGGACCAUAAUGUGCUCUUAAGAGAUUCCUCGGGAGCCACACCUGCAAUAAUGCAUUAUGUAUAAAAUCUGUGAAAUGUGUGAAUAUUUGUAUAACUGGUACCGAUAUUUCUAUAUUUUAUAUUUUAUAACUUGUAUUAUACCCACACGUUUUUUAUCUCUUAUUCUAAUGUUAAUGAAUGCUAACUUUCAAUCUGGCAAACCCUGAUGAAAAUUGCACAUCUGCGAUAGUAAUCUAACUCGUCACCAAUCAAUUAAAUCAAAUGCCGAAUAUCGGUCGGUGGUUUUAAAUAAUGGUUGAUAGAUAUCUAUUCUGACGAAUCCGAGCUAGCCUCCGUUCAAAUUAAUGCUCAACUGACACAAUGGAUUACUUCGUUUGAAUGAAAUAAUUACGAACAAUAGCGUUGUCGUCCGCAAGAAGUUUUGUAAACCCCUAUAUAGAUAUAUUUUUGGUAUAAAUUUGUCGGAUAUUAAGAAAUAAAAAUGGUUGAAAAUUUUACAGAGGAACAGAUUGCAGAGUUUAAGGAGGCGUUCAGUCUGUACGACAAGGCCGGAGAAGGGGCCAUAGAUGUCAAGGAGUUGGGCACGGUCAUGCGGGCCCUUGGCCAGAACCCGUCAAUGGCGGAACUAGAGGAGACAAAGAUGGACUUAGAAAGCGAUACCAUAGACUUUGCAACAUUUUUAAAAGUGAUGGCGACGAAAAUGAAAGGUCAGGAAACGGAAGAGGACCUUACUGAAGCAUUCCGAGUGUUCGACAAAGAAGGCCAAGGAACGAUAAGUGCGGCAGAGUUACGGCACGUGAUGACAAACAUGGGAGAGAAGUUAACGGACGAAGAGGUUGACGAGAUGAUCAAAGAGGCGGACCAGGAGGGCAGCGGGCUCGUGAACUAUAAUGAUUUUGUAAAAAUUAUGUUCAGCAAGUGAAGGCCUCAUCUUGGCAUCAUCUAGGAUAUGAGAAUGCUGUAUGGGCCAUAUAACAAACUGACUGUUGGAAAUCUACUUCAUCGUAUUUACUAAAAUGUUUGUACGCUUUUGUAUUUAUACAAUAAAAUGCGUUGUAUAUUCCAA